AGGGCUGCAACACUAUGUCAAGAAAUCAUAGAGGCCUGCCCUUUUGAUGUGCAAUGCUGAAUUGAAGUUUGUGACGUCUCUAUCUCUUCCUUUGGUUUUUUCUUUAAUGCCUUUAUGUGGUCUAAGGGUUCUGCAACUAGACGCGCAGGCUUUUAGUUCUCAUUUUCAAGAUAAUUAAUUUUUCGUUCUUAAGUACAAUCUGAGAUCAGGCUUGGUUUAGUCUACUUGAUUUCAAGCUAGUCUUUUGACAAGCGAGUGAGGAAUAAAGGGAUACCGGUUUCAUAAAAUUUAUUUUGCUGGACCGUGGAACUUAUAGUAAUGCUAUAGAAGACCCUGCUCUUGUCUCCAGUUCGUCACAGCUUCCAAGGGCCAAAUUCCAAAACGGGAGCGAUUGGAUGGAUUCUUGGUGUCCGUCCAUAUGGGUAUAUAUAUAAGUUAUCCGGUCCCAUCUAAUCGAGAAACAACUUAACUGGGAUGGAAAGAUGAGUUAACUAUGAUCAGAGAACAUAGACCAAUCAGAUGUGGCCUCCCUUCACGUGGUGAAUUUCAAGCUCAUAGAGUUCAUGGGUGGCCUGUGGACUGUGAGCCUGUGUAUUGCUUAAUGAGGCUUUGCUAUCUCCAAAGGCAUGGAGUUGUUGCCACAGUGAGAGCGUGAGAGGAGAUCUUAUGUCUGUUUCUUAAGUCCACAUAUCAGAGCAUAUUGAUGGUGCUAUUGUUUACUUAGAUGCUGGGUGUACAGAGAGUUUCCAGUUUAUUGAUGCAUAUUCUGUGCUUUUGGAUGUUGGAGCCCGAGCUAUUUGCAGUUUAGAAAACAUGUGUUCACUUGAUGCGGUGGUUGAUUGGAACUCAUAUUCUAAUCCUGCGAGGAAACUUGUCAUAAUCACAUCAUGUUUGCUAAGUGAUGCACAUCGGUAUAUUUUACGAUGCCUGAGCACACAUCAAGUUGUUCGUCAUUGCAUUAUAUUUUCAUCAAUCUCAGAGACAGCUCAUUCAACAUUUCCUGAUUCACCUCUGGGACCAGAUGCAUAUCAAGAAUAUGAAGCCUUGCUGGUUCAAGAUUAUGAAGAACUAGUUAAGAAAUCUGGGACAAAUUCUAGUGGAAAGCUUAAAGAUGAAGGACAUUCACAGUCUCCUUCCAGUGGAAAGGAUGCUUUUCAUCUUGAAGCUAGUUCACGUGCAAUUUUACGUGGAGAUAAUUCAUUAGACUACAUUGAAGAUGGAGGGGCAAGAUUGGUUGUUUCUGUUAAUCAUUUUCCUUUGAUUUUAUGUCCCCUUUCACCAAGAGUAUUCGUUUUACCUUCAGAAGGGUUGGUAGCUGAAGCAUGCCUAUCAGCCGAACAUGAAGACUCCAUUAGUCCUGGUUUGCCUCCCAUAAGCACUGGAAUGCUCUCUGAUGCUGAUGACGUGCCUCCAGGGGCUACUCUUACUGCACACUUUCUCUACCACUUGGCAUCAAAGAUGGACUUGAAAAUGGAGAUUUUCUCCCUUGGUGAUAUGUCAAAAGUAGUUGGGAAGCUUCUGACAGACAUGUCAAGUCUGUAUGAUGUAGGUCGCCGUAAACGAUCAGCAGGGCUUUUACUCAUUGAUCGCACACUUGAUCUUCUUACUCCUUGCUGCCAUGGGGACUCAUUGGUUGAUUGUAUUUUUUCAUGUCUGCCCCGUAGGAGUAGAACUACUUCACAUCCCCAAGUUAAGAGUUCAGGAACCCAGCUCAAACAUGGCACUUCCUACCUGCAACGCGCGCCCUUAGAUGUCCAGAUACCACUUGGGAAGAUCCUCAAUGAAGAAGAUUGCAAAAUGGAUAAUUUUCGUCUACUAGAAAGCGUUGAAGCUUUUCUUUGUGGAUGGAAUUCUAGCUCAUCUGAUUCUCAGAUGUCUGAUUUAAUUAGUUUUAGUCAGAGAAUUUAUGAUAAGUCUCUAAAUUCUGACGGAGAGAUUCUGACUGGGUCCUUAAUCUCCUCUGAAAAUUUUCGUGGAACACCAUUCUUGGAAGCUUUACUAGAUAGAAGAACAAGAGAUGGAGCCUUACUUGUAAAGAAAUGGUUACAAGAAACACUGCGUAGGGAUAAUGUAACUUUGAAUGUGAAAUCUCGUCCUGGUCAUGUUACCAGACAAGAAUUGCAAGCUAUGAUCACAGCAUUGGGCAGGAGCCAAUCAUCUUUAGUGAGAAACAAAGGAAUCAUUCAAUUAGCUUCUGCCACCCUAUUAACCCUUGAGGAAUCAACUUCUGCCAAAUGGGAUGCAUUUAUCAGUGCCGAGAAGAUUCUAAGCUCAAGUUCUGGAGAAACCAGUCAAAAUCUUGCUGCUCAAAUUGGCGAUCUCAUUAAUAAGAGUGCUUUAUUGGGAUCACAUAGAAAUAAAAUAAAGAAGGAGCUCUCACAGGGGGUAUUUUCAUUGCAAGAUGCUUUGUUGUUGAUGAUUGUUGGAUAUAUAUGGGCUGGGGAGAAUUUCCCAACAUCUGGAUCCGAUGGACCAUUCUCCUGGCAAGAGGAACAUUUGUUAAAAGAGGCUGUUGUAGAUGCCAUUCUUGAAAAUCCAUCAGUAGCCAAACUCAAGUUUCUGGAUGGACUAAGGGAAGAGCUUGAAGCUAAUUUAAGCAAGUCAAAAUCAGAAGAAACAACCAAGGAAUCUCCAAAACUAAAUAUUGAUGAUUUUGAUGAUGAUCAAUGGGGCCAUUGGGGUGAUGAAGAAGCUGAUGAAGAUAACAAAAAUGAGCUAGUGUAUGAUGACAUGCAGCUGAAGUUGGAGUUGCGUGAUAGGGUGGAUCACCUUUUUAAAUUCCUUCAUAAGUUGUCUGGUUUGAAAAGAAAAAAUAUACCAAUGAGGGAUGGAUCGUUGACCAUGGAAACUAAUUUUGUUGAUGAGGCUUCCAUGGGAAAAGGAUUACUUUAUAAGCUGCUAACAAGGGUGUUGGGCAAGUUUGAUGUCCCAGGGUUAGAAUACCAUUCUUCCACAGUGGGGCGGCUUUUUAAGAGUGGAUUUGGAAGAUUUGGCCUUGGUCAGGCAAAGCCUAGUCUUGCUGAUCAAAAUGUCAUUUUGGUGUUUGUGAUUGGGGGCAUCAAUGGAGUUGAGGUACGUGAAGCUCAUGAAGCCUUGUCUGAAAGCGGAAGACCUGAUAUUGAAUUGCUUGUUGGUGGAACAACUCUGCUCACUCCUGAUGACAUGCUUGAUUUACUAUUGGGGGAGUCCAGUUACGUUAGAUCCUUUCAUCAAUAGAAAAUAGAGAAAAAUCUGAUAGAAAUUUGUUUUUCUAAAUCCCGUAUGAUGUUUCUAAUUUCAAUUUUUUUAUUUCUUCACAAAAGAAGUUAAUGUUUUCUUUGUAGUCAAAUUUGGCAUUCUAAAGGUAUGAAUGAAAUAUGAAAAAUUAGAUUAUGGUUGAUAA